CCAAUAGGAGUGCAAAUUCGUGCACGAUUUUUUUUCUCUUUCCUGUGAAGACAUGCAGUGACGUGAAAACGACUGCAAUAGAUUUCUAGAGUAGGGCGCGAGCCAUUGAAGAUUUAUUUUCGAGGACGCAGGAACCCACGUGGUUUUGCUUCUAUCCACGCACUUUAUAGUCGAUACAGGAGCUUAAAACCGUUGACUCCGUAGAACAAACAUCAAAAUGAAGGACCGUCAGUGGAAGCUUUUGCCGAUGGCGAUGGCGUUUCUUGCCUUCGCGUACUACAAAGCGGUCCCGGAGGAGCUUCGCCACGGCAUUUACUAUUUCCUGACCACCUACCCGCACCCCCACCCGCUGGCCACGAACGGCGAGAACAGAUUUUACGGUUUGCUGUCGGGGGAAGAUUUGUACAAAGUCCCGCGAAAAAUGAUCGACAAGGAUGUUCUCUUCGUCGUGACCGGCGCCUCCUCCGGGAUCGGGUUCGCGCUGGCCGUGGAAUUGCUGGACCUGGGGUUGGAAAAGCAGCUAGUUUUCGCCGUGCGGAACACGAAGAAAAUGGAACAACUUUUGGCCGACCAGUACAACAAUAAAACUAGAGAAGCUCCUUCUUCUCUUGAUGCAGAUGAACAUCAAUAUCAAAGCGCUACAAGUACAACUAUCGACCUAAGCACUUCCACUUCUCGUGCUGGUGUUCCCAAGCCACACAUCUUACCCCUCGACCUGUCGUCCCUGAAAGCCGUGAUAUCAAAUGCAAAAAUGUCUGGGUCUGGAAGAUUCUGAGACUUGUGAUGCAUGUUUUGCAUGACCCAGGACGUCUAUAAUGCACGCCCUAGCAUCACAGAUUUUUAGAGGGCUUCCUGAUGCCUACUCCGCAUGACAAACGCCCUCCCCGCGUAGCACAAACUAGACUCCUCUUGCUGGUCAUGCAAUACAGAGUUUCUUAGAGUCCGAAGUUAGCAUGACAAGUUCCAACCUUCCAGACCCAGACAUUUUUGCAUUUGAUACGUGAAGGAAGCGGACGAAAAAAUCCGGGAACUGGCCAAGGAGUCCAAAAAAGCCGUUGUUUUAGUGAACAACGCGGGCAUCGUAUUACAAUGAAAAAUGCCCCCACCCCCAGCUUGGCAGUAUUGCAAACCUUUCCAACAGAAACAUUCCCCGUCUUGCAUAUCUCAGCAUCACAAAUUUUCCAUGCUGAAUAGAUCAAAUUUGUGUUGCGAAAUAGCCGAACAGCAGGCGGCUCUAUUAUGCACAAGGCACCUUGCGCACCCUGAUUCUGCAUCAGAAACGCUCGCAAUCCUUUUAUGCAAGACAAAAAGCUGUCAUUGGGAAACUUUGCAUGACAAACUUCUGCAAACUCCGGGGUGGGGGCAUUUUUCACUGCAAUACAUCGGGUGGAUGGAGAAGAAGGAAAUCACGAAAGAUAUCAAGGUGAAAAAAGCCCCCACCCCAUACUCAAAAGACAAUUUGUGUUGCUGGAUUUGUGUACACAAAUGAACUUUGUAUUGCAGCAAGAGCUUGUCGGCAUAUUCUAAGCCCAUUUGGGUACGCAUCCGGCUAGCAGCUGAGCAUGAGAAACAAGUCUGACAUAGACGAAGACGCAUGACAGACUCGCUAUACGAUGCGCCACAUGGAUGCCGUUUGCCUUGUGCGCAAGACAAAGCUGAUUUGUGGUGACAAAUCAGCAUCACAAAUUUUCUUUUCGAUAUGGGGAGGGCGGAUUUUUCCUUACGAUAAAAGACGGGUUUGAGCUCCAGUUUCAGACCAACCACUUGUCGCCUUUCCUGCUCACGAGACUGCUUUUGAAGGAGGAUGAAAAGAAAAACCAGAAGAAAGUUCUCCGACGCGUUAUCCACGUCAGCUCCUUGCUACACGCGUUUGGAAAGCUAUGGAAAGGUGAAAGUGUUACAGUUACACAUUGUGUUGCUGGAGGCCAAGCAAUACAAGCAAGCUCUGUCAUGCCGGAUAUGCAUGACAGCCUCGUUUCAUACGUGUUUUAUUCCCUUAUGAUCUCAGCGCUGCACAUGAUUUCUCUAUCAGACAGAGAAAAUUUGUGUUGGUGAAUUGACAACAAAUGUGUAACGGUGCCACUUUUUUUCUUGGAUAAAGGCUACCCGGCUUCAAAUCGAAAAAGAAAUCCGCCCUCGCCACAGCACUGGAGGACGGGCUGUCGGGUAAAAUGGUGAAAAACAAGAAGAACAGCACGGAUAGUACGCAGGAACAGCAAAUUCUUGCGAAAAAGAAGCCAACCAACAAGACCGCAAGUACUUCUCUGAACAUAACCAAACUUGGUCUCGAUUUCCACUGGAACACCUACAGUAACACAAAGUUGAUGAACAAUCUCUUCAGCAACUCCCUGGUUCGCAAGCUCGACGUCCACAGCGUGUCCGUCCACCCCGGUAUGGUGUACACCGGGUCGCUUGCCGAGAACGCGAUCGGGAAUUUCUUCGGGAAGGUGGUGCAACCGCUUUCCAACUGGUUAUUCAUGGACGUGAUCUUCUCCGACAAGGGCAGAAACAACGUCAAAGCGAGCUACUACAACACCGCUGGGGUUUUCCAGCACUAUUCACUGCGGUUUAUCGGGAUGAUCACGGCGAAGGAAGCGGCAGUGAACCAGAUCCUGUACGCGAUGUUCGAGCUCAGGCCGAUCAUCGGCGAGCACUAUGCAAAGAAAAAAGUGUUACAGUUACAUCUUGUAUUGCAGAACGCGCAAGCGUGAUUACCUUUCGCAUGCCGGAAAGGCAUGUGAUCCUCGUUUCAUACUCGUUUUCCCCUAUGAUCUCGGCAUUGCAAAUUUCCUCUCUCAUGCAGAUAAAAUUUGUGUUGCUGAAUUGCCAACAAAUGUGUAACUGUAGCACUUUUUUCGUUGGAUAAGCACUACGUGGGAGACAGUAAGUUGGCGACGCAGAGCAGGCUGGCGCAGGACGAGGAAAUGAUGGAUUAUUUGUGGGAAAGCAGUGAAAAAAUGCUGGAGAGAUGGUUGUGAAGAGUUGAAUGAUAAGUUUUUAGUAUUACAUCUACAUGCGGCCUUCAUCCACUCUUUCUCUUAAACUAAAACCUAAGUAUUUAUUAAGUGACUUGAGUUGCGAGUGGAAAGAAAACUACAAACUUUCGCAUCAAAAAUAGCCGAACAGUUUCUCUCCAAAGUCUAUUGCGCAAAAGCAAUGUGCAACGUUGUUCUUUACUGCGGAUAUUAUCUCCGAGCAAGUUAAGAGUAUCUAUCGACCUCGA